AUGUUCUCCGCCUGCUUCCUGGUGUGGAUGACUAUUCCCGCUAUAUACAGGACUGUCCAGGUUGAAGGACACACCGACCUUCAGCAGAGAGAGAGCCGAGGUGAUGAAUUGGAUAUUCAUGAGCAGGAGCUUGAGGACUGGUUCAUGGACUACACGGGCCUGCAGCCAUCAAACCAGCAGGCUAAAAGACGUCCGGCUGUUAAAACCGGAAAACUGAGGAAGAUGUUCGGCUGGGGAGACUUCCAUUGCAGCGUCAAGUCUGCGUCCCUGGAACUUCUCAUCAAAGGGAAGAUCGUGGACCACGGAAACGGAACCUUCAGCAUCCACUUCCUGUGUAACAGCACCGGCAUCGGGAACAUCACCAUCGGAUUAGCGCCAUCCACCAAGAUGGUGGAGUUCGGAUUGACGCAGCAAGAGGUCAAGGAAUCCGUGGAGUCGAAGCUGUUCAACUGCAGGGUGGAGUCGGAGAAGGUGGAGCAGAGCAAGAGGGGCGUGCGGUGUAGCUACGACCCGUCAAAGAGCUGCGAGCAUCAGCAGACCCACAGUCACGUCUCGUGGCUGUGCUCCAAGCCGUUCAAGGUCAUCUGCGUGUACGUCUCCUUCCGCAGCAUGGACUACAAACUGCUGCAGAAAGUCUGUCCGGAUUAUAACCACCACAGCGAUGCGCCGUACUUCCGUUCUGGAUGAUCACUAGAUAACUGACAUGUGAUAGGACAAAACAGAGUGGGUUCUGCACACACAAAUACACACCUGUAGCCAGUUACUUAAAGGAAAACGCCACCCUGAGACCCAUUAAAUAUGUUUAUAUUGAAAUAUCUGUGAUUCUGGUGAUUUAGUGAUUCUGGUGCUAAUUUCUUGGUUGGUGCUGCACUGCAGUGCACAGGACAGCAUCUGCUCGGGGUCCAAAAAUAAUGAUUUGAUUCAUUUCAAAUAUAUUAACACGUACAUUCAUUGUGCAUGUUUUACUUCAUUCUUAAAAGAACAUCUCCAUCCUUAUUAAAAGGUUAUCUUUCCAGAAAAGGACCACAUUUUGAGUUGCACUGCGUCUCAACUUCGUAGUAGAUUCUGACAACGUGUCCAGUGAACUUUUCUGAUCUUUCUGGAAUGUAAUAAAUCCAAAUAAAUACUGAAGUAAACCUGAUAAAACAAAUGUCAGUUCCCUGAUUUGGGAAAGACAUUGCUGUUUUGAAACAUAGUUCCCUAGUUUACUUAGUCUCAUUAUAGAGAAAGCUUUCCAGAAAGUUCCACAGAGCGUCUGUUUGAGCUCGAUUAUGAACUCGAGUGAAGUAGCUGAGGCUGAGGAAGUAUACAAGUUCAGGAGUUGAAUAAAUUCUGCAAACUGCUAUUUGUUGUUAUAAUUUGUGAAUCAAUGCACUUUUCCCUACAACCCUGGAUUUAUCUUUUUUCAGUGUUUUCCAGUCUAGACCUCCAUUCCAGACCACGCCCACUUCUGGUUUAAGGCCUGUUACAUACUCUAUACAAGUACACAAACAUGACCGCAGGUGGAGUCCCUUGUGUCAUUGCACACGUUGGCUUGUGUACAGUAUGUAAAAGACCUAAAGGUCGGAUUAUACUUGACACAUGACCUUACGUGCGUGUUUAGGAGCAGCAGCAAGGCGAGCAGCAUUGUUCACAUACUGCCUUUGUAUCUUAUGUAGCUCUGGAGGAUUAAAUACAACAUCCAAUUGAUGGCACAUCAGAGCCAAAACAUCCCUGUCCAAAUGGAUUCUUUGUUGAACUCCAUUGUUCAAUUUCAUGAAAAAUGACACUAAACACAAUGACAAGCUCUGUUUCGUUUUAAAAUUGUACAUCGACGUCGUGAUUGUUGUCAUGAUCUGCGUCUUGUAGACAGAUAAAUAGACAAAUAAAAGUGUUUCAUAUUCUGGUAAUAUGCAGAAACAUUCAUUACAAAAAGAAUUUCUAUCUGCAGUUUUUGUUCUAUAAAAGAAAUUGUUACAAUUAAGCCUCCUCUAACCCGAUAUGUCACUUGAAAUUAUUUUAGAAGAAUAGACACAGUCAUAAACAGCAGAAGAGUAAUGUAGAUACUCAGUAGGGACUAUAAAAAAAGUUUAUGUGAUCCAGUUUUGGAAGUUUAUGUAACUGAGUAAAAACUGAAACUGUUGUCAACUUCAGAAGUGAAUAAAAGUGGAGUUUAAAUGGUUUCCUUGA